CUACUUACUAUCUGCCCGCUUCAAAGGCAGCUCUGCCGACGGAUGCUCUUUACAAACCAUGGGUACGACGACAGCUGGAACUCUGACAACGAGAAUUCCGCGUGGUUCUCCACGGCCUAAACAGCUAGCGUCGCCCCAAGUGGAUUCAAGGGAAUCUUGUUUACGUGGGUUCUGAACGACUGGGUCACUGGGGACUAUCAGUGGAACACAAGCCAACGAACGACGACCGCUAACGGGGCCGAUUCGGUCGAAACCGACGUUGACUCGUCAGUCGCUUUGCAAUCCAUGAUCGACCGCGUCAUGCUGUGUCCACUUUGGUUAGGAUGGCUCACUUCAACCCUACAAGAUGUUUUUCUCGCGGCUGUUCAAGGAUUGCAUUCUCCUCCUGUUCAUUCUCAUCUCAAAUCAUUCUAUCUCCGACCAUAGAUGGCCGCACUGCUGGUUUUCUGGGGCUUCCUGCCCUUACUGGCAACGGCCUUCUCAUGGCACGGCCUCUGGUAUGAACUGGGGUUGUUCGGCCCGCAUCCCACGCUGAGUUAUGAGUCGGUCGACAUGAAGUCCCCCGAGGUUCAUGUGAAACAAUGGCAUCCCGAUUGUGAAGAAGGCUAUGUCUUUCUCAGCCCGCGUGGUCAUAGCUAUCCCGAACCGGGACCCUUAGUCUACGACCACCGGGGGAAUCUAGUCUGGAUGGAGCGCGCAUUCGGGGAGGUCAUGGACUUGAAGGUACAGCAGUAUCAGGGCCAAGAUUACCUCACUUUCUGGGCCGGCGAGUAUGAUGGCACGCGAGGCAUGGGACAGUACUACAUGCUGAAUUCCUCCUACGACGUUGUCCAAACUGUCUCAGCCGCCAACGGUCAUCAAGGCGACGUGCACGAGUUCAAAAUCACCGACCAAGGCACCGCGAUCCUGACCAUCUACGAAAUCUGCCAGGCGGAUCUGAGCGCAGUCGGCGGGCCUGAAGAUGGCUGGAUAUACGACAGCCUGUUUCAGGAGAUUGACAUUGAGACAGGCGAGCUUCUCUUUGAGUGGCGCGCACGCGAUCACUAUGCCAUCGACGAAUCGUACCUCCCCUUCGGCGACAAGGGUUCCUCGCCCUCCCCACAGGAUGCGUACGAUUAUUUCCAUAUCGACAGUAUCGACAAGCAUCCCAGUGACGGAAGCUACCUCAUAUCGUCCCGCUACAUGCACACUGUCACCUGCAUCAGUUCGACCGGGGAAACCCUGUGGGUGCUGGGCGGGAAGCGCAACACUUUCCGGGAUAUCUCCUCUGAUGGCUCGGCAACGGGGUUCACCUGGCAGCACGACGCGCGCUGGUACUCGGACAAUGUACUCACCCUGCUCGACAACGCAGCGUACGAGACCGGGUACACCUGCGACCAUUCCCGGGGUCUCAUGAUCCGACUGGAUUUUGCCGACUGGACCGCCGAUACCCUCCAUGUUUACGAGAGCCCGGGCCGCUUCAAUAGCCACUCGCAGGGCAGCCUGCAAGUUCUCCCGCGAACCGGGAAUGUGUUCAUUGGCUGGGGGAAAUCCUCCGCCUACACCGAGUUCAGCACCGACGGCGACCUCCUCUGCGAUUUCCACUGGGGCCCUAGGGUCUUCUUCUGGUUUGGGUGGACCAAAUCGUACCGUGCGCAGAAGUCCCACUGGGUCGGGCGACCGCGCGAUCCGCCAGACGUCGAGGUAGAUGAGACGGCGCACACAGCGUACGUGAGUUGGAACGGGGCGACGGAUGUGGCGGGCUGGGUCUUGCAGCGGGCCAGCAAUGGCAAUGCCCCGGAGGAGGAGUUCGAGAGCGUGCAGUACGAACCGAAGGAGGGGUUUGAAACGACCGUCAAACUUUUGGGGGAGGGUCACUUUCGACUGGUGGCGGUGGAUUUCGAGGGCAAUCAUAUGGGGGCGACGAGGGUGUUCGCGGCGUUUGAGAUAUGGAACACAGCCGAAACCAUAAGGUCGUCACUCUCCAUUUUCUCCGAGGGAGUUUUCCAAUGGACUCUGGUGGGGAUCUGCGCCACGGGGGCCUUGUCAACGGCGGUGUGGACAGGGCGAAGACGAAUACAGGAGACAUUCCGAUCAGCUUACCGGAGGUUAACGUCUUACUGGGGAGUCAUGAAGUAUGAACUUGCGCUUUGAAUCUCUGCAUGCAUUCGAUACCCAUUCUACAUCUGUUUAAUCAUCCAAAAUAUAUAUCACAGCAUUCGCAAAAUUAGACAUCACAUAAU